AUGGCUUCGACCCCGCCCGCCAAUGCCGACGGCGGGCAGGAGGCGGCAGCGGGCCCCGCGCCGGUCGCCGCCUCCGCCACCCCCUCCGCCCCACCCAGGUCGAGGUGGGCGUCGGAGAUCAAGGUGUACUCCCGCAAGCACCCUCGCAAAAAUCCUAAAUCCCCUCCACCGGAACCCGCCUCCAAUCCGAAUCCCCUCUCGGAAACCCUAUCCUCGGUUCGUCAGUCCAUUCGCUGCUCGGAGGCUGGGGCCGCUGCGCGGCCCGAUCCGGCGGCUCAGAGUUCCACUCAGCCUCCGUUCCCCGAUCCGGCGACGCCGGGUUCCGCUCCCCCUCCGCUCCCCGCCCUGGCGGCGCCGAUUUCCUCUUCCCCUGUUCCUGCUCUGCCUCCCGCACCGGCGUUGCCUGUGGAACACACUCCCGCCUCGGGUGACAUUUCCUCUUCUCCUGUUCCUGCUCCGCCUCCUGCACCGGCGUUGACAGGGGAACACACCCCCGCCUCAGGUGACAUUUCCCCGGGGCUUAACCGGGACGGGAGUGCUGUUCCCAAUGGCCAUGGCAACGGCUGGGCGGUUGUCGCUGCUGAGAAGGCGCAGAAGCGCAGGGCCAGGAGUGAGCUGUGGCGGCAGCUUGCGUCAGAGCUUGACCAGGUGCGUGUGCUCUCCAAGCGGUUGAAGGCGGCUGCUGACGCCUUGGCGCAAGAGGAUUCAAUGGCCUUGCCCCAGGCUAUGGUGCUGCUGCCAUCACAGGUGGUGGAUGCUGGGUCCCUGCGAUCACAGUUUUCGCCAACAGGUCCGGUGACGCCCUUACCUGCCCGGGAUAUGUUUGUCCCUGCCCGCUCGCUGCUGCAGCGGGCACCACUAACUGUGUCGGUGGUUCACACAGAAGCCUAUGAGAAGGACAAGCGGACACCUAAGGCAAAUCAGUUGUACCGAAACUCAGAAUUUUUGCUUGCCAAGGAUAAGUUCCCACCUGCAGAUCCUCAUGGACGCAAGAAAUCAAAGCACCACAAGAAGAAGCGCCGGACCUUAGAAUCUCGUGGUUCAGACUUUGAUGCUGAGCGGAGGCUAUACUCUCAUGCAUUCAAGAAAUCUUCGUCUCUCUUGAGUCGGCUAAUGAAGCACAAAUUUGCAUGGGUGUUCAACAAGCCUGUUGAUCCAGUUGCACUUGGUUUGCAUGACUAUUUUGCAAUCAUCCAGCACCCGAUGGAUCUUGGAACGAUAAGAGGACGACUCAGCCAUGGGCAGUACUGGAACCCAAAGGAGUUUGCUGAGGAUGUGCGGCUCACUUUUCAGAAUGCCAUGACAUAUAACCCCAAGGGGCAGGAUGUUCAUUUCAUGGCUGAGCAGUUGUUAGGAAUCUUUGAGGCACAGUGGCCAGAGAUCGAAGCCGAGGUUGAUUAUCUUGCAUCAUGUCCUCCACUGCCAAAGAAGUUUCCACCACCCCCUAUUGACUUGCGUUUCCUUGAGAGGUCAAAUUCUGUAAAACACCUUGUGCCGUUGGACUCCAAUUCACGGCCCAUAAGCCAUACUCCCACUUACAGUGCCCGCACACCAUCAAUGAAGAAACCAAGGGCAAAGGAUCCGAAUAAGAGAAACAUGACAAUGGAUGAGAAGCGUAAACUUAGUGAUAACCUCCAAAAGUUGCCACCAGAGAAGCUUGACGCAGUUGUGCAGCUCAUUAAGAACAAGAAUUUGUCAGUUAUGCAGCAUGAUGAUGAGAUUGAGGUUGAAAUUGAUAGCAUGGAUGCUGAGACACUUUGGGAACUUGAUAGGUUUGUGGCUAACUACAAGAAGAACCUGAGCAAGCAAAAGCGAAGGGCAGAGCGUGCAUUGCUUGCGAGACAAGAUGCAGAGUUGCGUGCACGGGAUUCUGUGCAACAAAUACCAACUCAAGAGCCUAAUGUUUGUAAAAAAUCUCCAAAGCAAAAUUUGACAGUGGGCGAGCAAUUGACAUCUUCUGCGCCAGAUCAAGCUAAUAAUAAUGGACAAAACGCAAUUAGUUCAAGCAGUUCAAGCAGCUCUAGCAGUGAUUCAGGGUCAUCUUCUAGUGACUCAGACAGUGAUAGUUCUACAGAUGGGUCGGGUGCGGCCAAUUCAUCUUGA